AUGAAAAGGAACAAGAAAAAAUCGAAAGUCAAGAGAGAAAGAAAAAAAAAAGAUAGAGAACAAACUUCCAAGAUCUAUCAUAGUCACCAACAUAUUGAUCCCAGUGAAACAAUGUUUAGAGGUAUUCGUUUAUUGACUCCAUUUUUUACUGCAGGUGCUAUAAUAACUAUUCCAGCGGAAGCGGUCAUACUUAACGAAUCGAAAAAACGUUCAUUUUAUGAAGAUGAAGAAAACGUAGUACCUAUUCCCGGAACUGUUAUCCCAGCUGCAGCAAGUGAAUUGGAAUCAUUAGGUAAUAAUAGAAUAAUUGAUGGUAUUUCAGUUCGUUCUAGUAAAGCCACUGAAAAUUUAUUCAAAAGUGCUAGAGAAUAUACUGAAUCUACCUUUGAUAAUCUUAGUAACUGGGCCAAUUCAAAAUACGCUACAUAUAAUGAAACUGAGAGACAAGUCACGAACACAGUAAGUGGAUUACAUAACAAGACUGAAGAUCUUUUACCAAAUUCAUUAUAUAUUUUGGUUGCAGUUUUAACUGGUACUAUUGCUGCAAGAACCAGAGGAGUUAUUGCCAAAGCUGUAUUCCCAACUGUUUUUGGAUUAGCCAGUUUUAAAUACUUUUUACCUAAAACUUUUGAAAACACAACUGGAUUUGUCUGGAAAUUGGAAGAAGAAAAUGUCCCACAAAUUGCUGCUCAUCAAAAAUUUGCUUACAACAGUGCCCUUGAUUUAGCUCACAAGAUUGAAGAAAAUACUGAAACAGGUAAGAAAUCAAUUGAAAACUCUGUUCAUUCUUUAAGAAAAUCAAUUGCUGACAUCACCGGUUUGAACAUUGAUGAAGAAGUCUCAAAGAAAUAG